AUGUAAUAAUAAAAAGAAUAUAUUCCAAUAGUAUUAAUUGAAGAUAAGAUUUAAUAAUAGAAAAUUGAAACUGAAUUUACAGAAGAAAAGUAUUAACAUAUUUAAAUAUUAUCCUAUUUAGACUACCAUUGAUUGAAUCUGUAUUUCAAACAAAUAAAGCCAGCAAUCCAAUAAUUACUUCAAGAACCUCCUACAUUAAAUAUAGUAUUCCAAUUGGAAUUAAACCUAUUGUUUUUCCAAAUAUUCUCUAAAGAACUAAAGAGGAUAUGAUAAAAUUAAGAAAACUUCAAUUAGCAUAAAUACACUUUGAGAAUGAUUAACCUUCAAAUACAAUAAGUUUAAAAACUGAAAACAGACUAAAGAAAACUGAAAGAGAUAAAUCAACCUAAAAAAUGCAUACUAAAAAUUCAUAAAAUAAACCAAUAAUAACAGAACUCACUACUCUUGCCAGAGAUAAUUAUAGUGUUUCUCCAAGGUCUACCUCAUUCAAAUUUAGGAGUUUAAGUCCAGAUAUUGAAAGUUAAUUAUGGUAAGUGAAUAACAAAAUAAAAAGAAUUAAUAAAGCAUACGAAAUUAAAAAAGAAAUCCAUCAUUUAGAACGAUUCAAGACUUAAUGGAAAAUUGAUGUCAUCUAAUAAAAUUUAUCAUAAAAAAUUGUAUAAGUAGGAUUAAAUACAAAAAAAGGUUUAAGAUCUAUUUUCAUUUUAAUUUAUUUGCCACAUUAGAAUAUUCAUUUGAGAAGUUCCCAAACUGAAGUUAAAUCAAUGUAAAUAAUAUCUAUAAAUAUUUAGAACAAAUGAAGUUGAAUUAAGUGUAUUUCCCUAUUUCACUCCAGUUUAUGAGAAGAUAAUUAAUGAAAAAGAGAUUUCUGAUAAUUAUAAAGAAUGGUUCUCUUAUUUUCUUGAUAUUCUACAUUAUAGAAGUUAUAUACCAAAAGCUAAAACAUUUACUUUAGAUUGUAUUGAGAUUUCAGCAUUAAAUUAAAUUCCACAUUAUGAAAGGUUUUUGUUUAUUCAAUUAUAAGUAAUGAUUAUAUAAUUAAGAUAGGGUUAAUUUGAUUUUUGGAGUAUUAUGAAAUAACAAUUAAAUCUAUCAGGAGAGUUUUAAGUUGAUAAAUAUCCUAAAUUAGCUAUUAAACUAUUAGAUCUUAGAAAUAAAGAGGAGGUUUGCAGAUUUUUUAGUAAAAGAGAAAAUUUGUUACCAUUUUAUUUUCAAUAAGUAUAGAUGGGAAGUUAAAAUUCAAUUCAUUCACAAUAUUAUAUUGAAAUAGAAAAUAAUAUUAGAGAACCUGAUGAUGAUAUGUUCGAAUAAUCAAUUAUUUAAAUGAAUGAAAAAGAAUAAGACACUUAUUUAAAACUAUUGUAAUAAUAUAUUCAUUCAAAUAAAUCAAAAUAUUCCAAUAAAUUAAAAAAUUUAGAAGAGAACAUGAGAUUAAGAUUAAAAAAGAUCAAAGCUAUGAGGAGAUAGUCUAUUUAGGUUAGACUGAAAACUGUACUUUAAUUUAAAUAUAUAAGAAAAAUUUUAUUAAACCUGAAGAAGAAGAGCAUUUUGAGAGAAGAAUAUUAUAUGAAGAUGAAAAAUCAAUAGAAGAAAUAUAAGAGGAUGCUUAUGAUCAUAUUUUACCUUAAAAUACACAUAUUUUCAAAAAGAAGUCUAAACAAAUUACAUCAGUUGAAGAUCCUUUUUAAUCUUUUAGUUCAAAAGACAAUUAAAAAUUUAAAGAAAUUUUGUAAUUAAUAAAUGUUGAGAAAAUAGUAUUAGAAAAAAAUUUAUCAAGGUAAGAUGUUUAUCAUUACUUGUCACUUUUUAAGGCAUUGAUGGAUUCAGAUACUCCUUAGAGAAUUAAGGAUGUUAAUUAUCCUACAUUAUUUAUUUCACUUGAUUAGUUACGUAGAGGUGUUCCAUUUAUUGCAUUAUAUAAGAAUAAGGUUAAUACAAAGAAACUUGCAGAAGUUUACAGUAGAAAAUAUAAUUAUUGUGAAUUCAUGGAAUUUUUGGAUAUCUUUACUACAGAUUAUUAAGUGACAGAAUAGGAAUUAUAAGAGGUUGAAUAAGAAAUAAUAUAUUCUUAAUAAAAGGCAAAUCAAACAACAACUUCUAUUUAAUAAAAAUAAACAUCUUUAAUGGAGAAUCAAAAAAAAUGA